GGCGUCACGUUCUUUGCAUAUUGAUAACCGGCGCGCAGCUCUCUCGCUGAUCAGCUGUUAGGCCUGGUGGUAAAUGGAAUCUGUAUCGCGGCUUCAGUGAUAGAGCCCUCUUGUGAGAGCUGGCUGGCCCUCGCUGGGCUAACACAGACAUGGGAAAUAAUCAGUCCAUCUCCUGCUUGGUGGACCGACCUCAAGCUCAGCUCAGCACGUACCUGACUCCGAAACAAAUCAAACUGGUUCAAGAUUCCUGGGAUGAAAUCAAAGAUGACUUGCCUACGUUGGGAGUUACCAUAUUUCUUAAGUUCUUUGAGACCGAACCAGAUAUGAAAUCGUUGUUCCCUAAAAUCGUCCGGAUGAAUGAGGCGAAUCAGCUGGAGUGGGACAUGGACAGAGAAAUGCUGCAGAAGCAUGCCGUGACGGUGAUGGAGGGGCUCGGUGCUGCACGUCCUUAUAUCAAUAGUCUGGAGGACUCUGACUUCCUCAACAGCGUCCUUAUAUCAAUAGGGCAGACCCACGUCAAGAGGAGCGUCAAACCCCAGAUGUUGAAGAGACUCUGGCCUUCCCUCAACCAUGGUUUAGGAGUGGUGCUAGCUGAAAAAUACACGAAGGAGGUAUCGGAGGCGUGGAGGAAGGUAUACAUCUACAUCAGUGUCCAAAUGAAGAGAGGCAUGGAGAAUCCUGACAGGGACUUCAAUGAGGACAUGUCAGUUUCAUGACGCCUUGUCAAUAAUGGUGUACAUAGCAAAGAUUGGUGGGAACCAUCGAGAAGCACAUACUGUCACAUACUGCACAUGUCAGUUGUUCAUUUCAUUUAAGGAUUACAGCCAUAAUGUUAUCCCUAUGUCACACUGUGCCAAAAUACAUGACGUUCACUCGUGGCAAUUAUCCAGGUAUGCCUGUUUAACACGACUGCAUACAAUGUUAAGAUUGCCCUAUACUCGUAGGAAGGUGUGGUAUUGUAUACCGAUUAUAACAUACCUUUGUGGCAAGGUGGCCAGAUAUUAAGCAUUGUAUACUGCAUUACAGUCGAGGCACGUUCCCUAGCUAUGAAUGCACAAUGCCUAGCUUUAGGUUGCAAUACGUGAUUGAACAAAACAUGGAACCUGCCGUCAUUGAUUAGACGUUGCCUAAAUAGAAAUGGUUUAAAAGGUUUCCUUUUGCAAAGGA